UUUCGGCUCGAGUUGAUAGUCCUGAAGACUUGCAAGAGUCUGCCAUGGCGGGUGAGGGCAAUGACCCGAUGGAGGUGGAUGAGGAGGUAGAGGCCUCCGAGAGUGCCAAGAAGAUCUUCGAGGACCUUCUGGACAAGGCUUUGAGCCUCGAGGCGAGCGAUGUCUCGAAGGCGAAGGAGGCCUACAAGGCAAUCAUCUUCAAGCAGGACCUCGAGGACCCGAAUGCCAAGUACAGAGAAAAGGCCAUCUAUGCCCUUGGUGAUCUUUUGGUGGCAAAGAAGCUGCCGCAAGACAUCUCCACCCUCAGCAAGGACCUGCGGCCCCUCUUUGCCGAUCUGCCGAAGGCGAAAACGGCCAAGAUCGUUAGACACCUCAUCGACCUGUUGGCAAAGACGGAGGGUUCCCAGGCUUUGCAAAUAGAGAUGUGCAAGGACUGCAUCGAAUGGUGCAAAGGCGAAAAGAGAACCUUCCUGCGCCACAGAGUGGAGACAAAGCUCGCCGGGCUGUACUUGGUCGAGCUGAAGUACCAGGAUUCGUUAGAGCUGCUGACGAAGCUGCUCACCGAAGUCAAGAAGCUGGACGACAAGCUUCUGCUGGUGGAGAUCCACAACAUCGAGUGCCGUGUCCACUACGCCGUGCAGAACAUGCCCAAGGCGAAGGCUGCACUCACUGCGGCAAAGACCAAUGCCAAUGCAAUUCACUGCCCACCUUUGCUCCAGGCUGAGAUCGACCUGCUCUCAGGGAUUGUCAGCGCACGGGAGAAGGAUCACAGGACGGCCUUCUCCUACUUCUAUGAGGCCUUUGAGGCCUACCACCAAACCAACAGCACCACCAAGGCCAGAACAGCUAUGAAGUACAUGCUCCUGUCCAAGAUCAUGUCCAACCUGCCAAAGGACACCACAUCCAUUAUCAGUAGCAAGUCUGGUCUGCAAUACGUGGGUCCAGAGAUCGACGCCAUGGCCGCAGUCGCAAGCGCCCAUGAGGCUCGGUCCCUGAAGAAAUUCGAGGCGGUCCUGGAGCAGCACAAGCACCAACUCUCUGAGGACCCGAUCAUCCAGUUCCACCUGUCCGAUCUGAAUGAGACUCUCUUGGAGCAGAACAUUCUCAGGAUAUUGGAGCCCUUCAGCCGGGUGGAGAUCACCCACGUAGCUGAGCUCAUCGAGCUCCCCUUGACGCGGACGCAGGCGAAGCUCAGUGAGAUGAUCUUGGACCAGAAGCUCAAUGGCACUCUGGACCAGGGCAUCGGAGUCCUGAUUGUCUUCGACCAGGAGCAGGUCAGCUCCACCUAUGACAACUCCUUGAAAACCAUCAAGAAUACGUCAGAGGUCCUCGACACGCUCUACGCCCAGGCGAAACAGCUUGCAUGAGGACGAGGAAGAUGGAGAGACGCGACAGGAUGCGCUCUGAUAGAAAGGAAGGGCCGCCUCGGUGCCAUUUUUUGCAUUGUGAGGCUUGGAACCUUUGUGUGUCUGUUUGUGUGUGUGUGUGUGUCUUUGUGUGAUGGUUCUUUUCUUGGAUCUUGAAGGGAAACGCCUCAACUGUGUGUUGCGGGUUUUCCCACGGACGCCGGCCUUGCAGCUUGUGGCUCACGUCACGAAUCCGGAGCAGCGGGACACGCUUGGCCAGGCAUGUCCUCGAACUCGGGCUUCGAUAGCUUUGUGGGAGCUAUGAGGAGCGCGGAAGACCGCCACGCGGCCACCUACUACUGCUUCGGCACCGAUGAGGAGAACAAGCUCAUCAACCCAGCGGAGACCUUCAACCAGUUCCUCAAGGAUGCUCCCAAGCCCGGUGCAAAGGGCGCUGGCAAGGGAAAGUGACGAACGGCUGAGAGAGCGCCCUGAGCCGAGGGAUGGAGCACCAGACAAAGGGGGGAGGGUUGGCCCUGAACAUUGCAUGUGCCCUG